AUGGACAACGAAGAGUGCAAGGCGUUCAUAGAGCUGUACAGGCGGGAGCGCGUGCUGUGGGACCCGAAGCACAAGCGCUACUACAUGCGCGCCGCCAGGGAGGAGGCCUGGCGGCGGAUCAGCGAGCGCAAGGGCGUCGCCGCCGCGGAGCUGCAGCAGAAGAUGAAAUCGCUGUUGGGGAGCUACAGGAGGGAGAAGUCGAGGCGGAGGAAGAGCAAACAAGCAGGGACCGUGUAUGUUUCGAGAUGGUUUGCUUAUCCUUUAUUCAAUUUCCUGGAUGAUCGUCAGAGUUCUAACGACGAAAUUAAUGAAUCUAAGGAGGAUGACGCGAAGGAUAUGUUCGAGCACUCGAAUUUCGAGUACGAGGAUUUCGAGCUGCCCAACGACGACGAGAAUUUCGUGGAGGAGAAACCUGUGAUAGGUAAAAAGAGGCGAUUCGAAUACGAGGAGGAACCCGAGCAGGAUCUGCUCAACGUUGCGGAGCAGCCGUUGCAGGAAUCGGUACCUUUGGAGAAAAGCAACCACCAGCCGGCUAGGAAACAGGACGAGCUGUCCUUGUACGGGCAACUGCUCGUCACGAAAUUGAGGAAAUUCGACCACCAAACCAGGCUGGUCGUUUGUAAUAAAAUAGAUAAUUUGAUCUUCGAAAUGGAGAUGAAAUCGAUGAAGAGCAAGGAGCAGGCGUGCCAGGAUCCUCUGCUGAACGACGUGCCGUCCACGUCCAGGAUUAACUACAACAAAACGCCGAAUUCCACGCCUUCGCAUUCGGAAAUGUCCGAUCAUUAGGACUAUCAACAU